AUGAGUAUUCUUUCUUCUAUGAAAACUAAUGAAAAUACAAAUUUAGAAACUAUUGUUCUUAUUAAUGAAGAAGAAAUUGAGGAAAUGCCUAUAAUUAAAGACAUUAUAGUGAAAAUACAAGAAAAUAAGUUUGAAAAAGAAUCAGAACAGCAAAUUAAACCUGUUAAAGCAAUUCAAGCUAUUACAAGAUUGGAUUCAGUAUUAGGCUAUAUUGAACAAUCUGAACCAAGUAUUGAAAUCAAUAUUAAAGUUUUUUGUUAA